AUGAACACCUGUGACUCCUCAAUGGGCGGAGCCUCAGGAGAGGAAGCAGCAUCGUUACAGGUGUUUCCGGAGCCCAAGGAGCAUUUUCCAAAACUCUCCAAGCGCCUCCCCUCCAUCGUGGUGGAGCCCACCGACGCAGAUGACGUGGAGAGCGGAGAGCUCCGCUGGCCUCCUGAUGACGUCAGCAGUGAUGUCACAGAGGGACGCCCGCAGGUGACAGGUCAACCUGUGGAGGGGGUGGAGACACGAGAGCUGGUGAUGGGCGGAGUCUAACAUCUCCAGACUGACAUGGCUCCAUCCAGCCAA